GAUGUGAACCGACACGUGUCCACCUUCCAAAAAACCCUCCGGUUUCAUGAAAUCCAUAAUAUACUUUCCUCUUUUUCUUCCAUUUCUCCAUUGUUCCGCCACCCAUAUAACCACCUCUUCACUAUUACACUCACUAUAAAUCAGCCAACUUUUUCUCACUAAGAAUGAUGGGGUUCAAUUUCCCUUUAUGCUCAUAGAAUUCAAUAGUAUACACAAACAGAUUGAUAUAGAGUCAUAUAGUGUGUGUAUACAUUGCAAUUUUAUAUGUGUAUGGCGAUUAUUGUUGAUUUCUGAGCUCGACCCAUUUGAGAUCUCAAAAUUGGGUGGUAUUUGGGGAAUAUUUGAUUUGAAGAAAUAGAAGGUUGCGUAGCGGGAGCUUUAGUGUACCGGCUGAAGGGUUUCAUAAAAAUAGUUGUUGGUUUGAGAUAAAGACUAAAGAAGCAAUUUUUGGCUGAUUUUGAAAACUUUAAGGAUUUGGGGAAGUGGUGGAAAAUGAGUAGUGUGAGUAUGGAGGAAGAUGAUUCAGCUUCAAAAAUUAAUCUUCCAGCAGAUAUACAUUGGGAGAUGCUUGACAAAUCUAAGUUUUUUUUCUUAGGAGCUGCGCUUUUUUCGGGGGUUUCAGGUGCACUUUACCCAAUUGUAGUGUUGAAAACUAGGCAGCAAGUUAUGAGUAGUCAAAUUCCAUGUCUAAAAAUGGCAGGAUCUAUGUUGAGGAGUGAAGGUUAUAGAGGAUUUUAUAGAGGUUUUGGUACUUCUCUUACAGGUACUAUUCCUGCUAGAGCACUUUAUAUGGGGGCACUUGAAUUGACAAAAAGUAGUGUUGGUAGUGCAACUGUUCAGUUGGGGUUCUCCGAGGCGUCGUCGUCUGCUAUUGCUAAUGCUGCUGCUGGUUUAAGCGCGGCGAUGGCAGCACAAUUGGUGUGGACACCAAUCGACGUUGUGAGUCAGAGGUUGAUGGUUCAAGGAAGUGGAAAUUCUAGUUGUGGUGUUGUUGGAUUGAAGUGUUAUAACGGUGGGAUCGAUGCGUUUAGGAAGAUUGUUUGUAGUGAUGGUUUGAGGGGAUUGUAUAGAGGAUUUGGUAUUUCAAUACUGACUUAUGCACCUUCAAAUGCAGUGUGGUGGGGUUCAUAUUCUAUUGCUCAUAGACUGAUUUGGGGUUCUAUUGGUUGCUAUUGUUGCAAGAAAGAUGAUGAGGGUGGUUAUAGGCCUGACGGGAAGGCGAUAGUGGCUGUUCAAGGGUUGAGUGCAGCAAUGGCUAGUGGGGUGUCUGCAUUAGUGACAAUGCCGCUCGACACUGUGAAAACAAGAUUACAAGUACUAGAUGAUGACUGUAGUAGUAGGAGAACACCAACAGUUUUACAGACAGUGAGGAAUUUAGUGAAGGAAGGUGGAUUUAGUGCUUGUUAUAGAGGAUUAGGUCCAAGAUGGGCAUCAAUGUCCAUGUCUGCCAUAACUAUGAUCACUACUUAUGAGUUCCUCAAGAAACUAUCCACCAAGAAUCAAGAAACCUUUGUUUGAUGAAAUCUUGCAUCGACAUUGAGCACAGAAAGCAUAGAGGGAAAAUAGAGCCCCACCGGACACACCGUGAAUCUGAAUUAGUCCGGCCAAUGAAUUUACAUGGCGCGAAUCCAGAUUAAUCGAUCAGUGGAUUCCGGACAGAAGAGAUCAAAACCUCAAGAAAAGGGAAAAUGGAGAAAGAUAGUUCUAUAUUUUGAAUCCUUUAUCAGCUUUCUUUUACUUAUCUUUUACCUAACCAAUGUAAAUUUUGUAAAGAAUGUAGUGGCAAUGUUAUGUCAAUUUCGCUUUUGUCUUCA